UCGGUUGCACCGUCAGUCGUAAAGUGUCGUUUAAGCUGUGACAGAAUGAGGAUGAGUUUUGGGUUGACUUUCAGGGCAGCAAAAGGUCACUGGAUGGUGAACAUCAGCCGGCAGUGCUCACGUGGAUCCAUUCGGUUAUUUGUGCCACCAAGUCCUCCUCUGGACCCUGAGAAGGUCAAAGAGUUACAGCGCUUCAUCACUCUUUCCAAGAGACUCCUAGUGAUGACUGGGGCAGGAAUCUCCACUGAGUCGGGGAUCCCAGACUACAGGUCAGAAAAGGUGGGACUCUACGCCCGCACUGACCAGAAACCCAUUCAGCAUGGGGAUUUUCUACGGAGUGCUCCAAUCCGCCAGCGGUACUGGGCGAGAAACUUUGUAGGCUGGCCUCGAUUCUCUUCCCUCCAGCCUAACCCUGCACAUUGGGCUCUGAGCAACUGGGAGAGACUCGGAAAGCUGUACUGGUUGGUGACCCAAAAUGUGGAUGCCUUGCACACGAAAGCAGGGAGUCAGCGCCUGACAGAACUCCAUGGAUGCAUGCACAGGGUCCUUUGCUUGGACUGUGGUGAACAGAUUCCCCGGGCGGUGCUGCAGGAGCGUUUUGAAGCCCUGAACCGCACCUGGAGUGCCGAGGCCCACGGCCUGGCUCCGGAUGGCGACGUCUUUCUCACAGAGGGGCAGGUGCAGAGCUUUCAGGUCCCGUCCUGCGCCCGAUGUGGAGGCCCCCUGAAACCAGAUGUCGUUUUCUUCGGGGACACAGUGAACCCUGACAAGGUUGACUUUGUGCGCAGGCGUGUAAAAGAAGCGGACUCCCUCUUGGUAGUGGGCUCGUCCUUGCAGGUGUACUCUGGCUACAGGUUUAUCCUCACUGCCCGAGAGAAGCAGCUCCCAAUUGCAAUACUUAACAUUGGGCCCACACGGUCGGACGACUUGGCAUGUCUGAAACUGGAUUCUCCUUGCGGAGAGUUGCUGCCUUUGAUAGACCCACGCUGACCACAGCCUGGUGAUCCUGAGCCUGAAGCUGGGACUUUCACUGUAAAUGAAAUGGUAAAUGCUUUCUUAGAUAAGUUUCCAGUUCCCAUUCAACUGAGAGCACUGACAAAAUAUAGGCUUCUUAAUGUAUGGCCAUUCUUAAUUAAAACAAAUUUAUUUUUGGGGCGCCUGGGUGGCUCAGUCGUUAAGCGUCUGCCUUCAGCUCAGGUCAUGAUCCCAGGGUCCUGGGAUCGAGUCCCACAUCGGGCUCCCUGCUCUGCGGGAAGCCUGCUUCUCCCUCUCCCACUCCCCCUGCUUGUGUUCCUGCUCUCGCUAUCUCUCUCUCUGUCAAAUAAAUAAAAUCUUUUAAAAAAAAUUUAUUUUUUAUUUUAUAAUUUUUAUUAUUUCUAAAAGAUUUUUAUUUAUUUGAGAGAGAGCACGCCAGCAUGUGAGCAGGGGGUGGGGAGGGGCUGAAGGAGAGGUAGAGGGGAAGACUCUUAAGCAGAUUCCCCGCUGAGCGCACAGCUGGACUUGGGGCUCGAUCUCAAAACCCUGAGAUCAUGAUGUGAGCCGAAAGCAAAAGUCAGUGCCCAACGACUGAGCCAUCCCAGGAGCCCCUAUUAAUUAAAAACUUUUUCAUUUAUUUACUUAUUUUAGAGAAAGAGUGUGAGUGGGGGAGGGGCAAAGAGAGAGGGAGAGAGAGAGAGAAGCAGACUCUCUACUGAGUGUGGAGCCCCACUCCCGGCUUGAUCCCAUGUCUCUGAGAUCAUGACCUGAGCCAAAAUCAAGAGUCAGGCGCUGAACCAACUGAGCCCCACUGUAUGCCCCUUAAUUAAAACUAAUUUUUUAAUGUGCAUUAAACUAUAAUGCUUGAAAGACUAUGAUGUUCCAGUUGUAAGUACGUGCUAUUUAUUUAAUUAAUUUAUUUGAGAGGGAGGGGGAGAAUCUUAAGCAGCCUCCACGCCCAGCCCCAGCUGAGGCAGGGCACAAUCUCACACCUCUGACAUCAUGACCUGAGCUGAAAUCAAGAGUUGGACACUUAACUGACCGAGACACCCAGGCACCCUGGCACAUUGCUAUUUAAGAUAAUCUUUCAAAAUCUGCCAUUGCUUUUUUCCCGUUUUAAAAAGAUAACAGCUUUAUUGAGACAUAAUAAACAUACCAUAAAGUUCACCCUUUCGAAGUAUACAAUUAAGUUGUCUUAUAGUACACUCACAAAGUUGAACAUUACUCACCACUGUCUAAUUCCAGAAUAUUUUCAUCAUCCCAAGAAGAAACCUUAUAACCAUUAACAGUCACUCCCCACUCCCAACCCCACUACCACUCCCCAGUCCCUGGCAACAACUAAUCUAUUUCUGCCUAUUCUAGACAUUUCAUAUAAUCUGUGGCCUUUUGUAUCUGGCUUCUCCACUUGGCAUAAUAGUUUCAAGGUUCAUCCAUACUGUAGCAUGUGUUGGUACUUCACAUGCAUUUUAAUCUAUGAAUACAACCAUUUAAGCUUUAUUGAGAUAUAGUUCACAAACCAUACAGUUUACUCAUUUAUACAAUUCAAUAGUUUUUAGUAUAUUUCUAGAGAAGUACAACCACUUAAAAAAAAAGACUUUGGGACGCCUGGGUAGCUCACUUGGUUAAGCGGCUGCCUUCAGCUCAUGUCAUGAUCCCGGGGUCCUGGGAUUGAGUCCCUCGUCAGGCUCCUUGCUCAGCAGGGAGCCUGCUUCUCCCUCUGCCCUGCUGUUCCCCCUGCUUGUGCGUGCUCUCUCUCUCUCUCACAAAUAAAUAAAUAAAAUUAAAAAAAAAAAAAAA